GCGGAGAAAGAGGGGGCGGGACCAAAAAGAGAGGGCUCAUUACCAGAGCCGCUGCUUCUCACCUUGCGCACCAGCGUGCAGUCACAGUUUACACAGCUCCGCUGAAGCCUGAGAGCACCAGCACCAUGCCCAUGACACUGGGUUACUGGGAUAUCCGUGGGUUGUGCCACGCCGUCCGCCUGUUCUUGGAAUACACGGAUUCAAGCUAUGAGGAGAAGAGAUACACCAUGGGGAAUGCUCCCGACUUUGACCGAAGCCAGUGGCUGAAUGACAAAUUCAAGCUGGGCCUGGACUUUCCCAAUCUGCCCUACUUAAUUGAUGGAUCGACCAAGAUCACUCAGAGCAACGCCAUCCUGCGCUACCUUGCCCGCAAGCACAACCUGUGUGGGGAGACAGAGGAGGAGAGGAUUCGUAUUGACAUUUUGGAGAACCAGGUCAUGGACACCCGCUUCCAGCUUGCGAUGGUCUGCUACAGCCCUGAGUUUGAGAAACAGAGGCCAGAGUACUUAGCAGGUCUUCCUGAGAAGUUGAAGUUCUACUCGGAGUUCCUGGGCAAGCGGCCAUGGUUUGCAGGGGACAAGAUCACCUAUGUGGAUUUUCUUGCUUACGAUAUUCUUGACCAGCAACGACUGUUUGAGCCCAAAUGCUUGGAAGCCUUCCCCAACCUGAAGGACUUUGUGGCCCGCUUUGAGGCCCUGAAGAAGAUCUCUGCCUACAUGAAGUCCAGCCGCUUCCUUGCAGGCCCCAUGUAUUUGAAGAUAGCUGUUUGGGGUAACAAGUAGGAACCCCUUACUACCAAGGCCGGGAAGAGAUCUAUAACUGUGCUUGCUGGUCCUUCUGCUUCUGUGUUGGGGUUCCUUCCCAGCGGCUCCUCCACAGAAAUGUGCAGAGAGAUUCCGGGCUCAUGGGAGGGGGUGGGAAACACCUUUCAUCUCUCCCAGAAGCUUUCCCUAAACCAGACACCUCUCCUCCUAGUCUCAGGAUGUUUCCCCAUAAACGUUUCCCACCGUUUGCAGCUUGUGUCUGGGCUAUUUUUUUUUUUUUUUAACCGAACUUCAUCCUAAGUUGAUCAAAGGGAAGAUGUGGGGCCUGUUGGACUUUGCAUCUCUUUGAGUAAUGUGUGUGAGGGAGCCUGGCCCACCGGCACUGCUCUUGCAGUUGGGAAACUACAGCACUGUGCUCAGCAAUCCUUGUGCCAAGCUCUACAGCCAGCAGCACUUGGCACUCUGGGAAUUUUUCUCUUAGCCUGAGGAGGUGCAGAACGAGGUUUCCACAUUCGGCCCUUACAGUCUGAACCAGAGUCUCUCCCCAUCCCAGAAUUUAAGAGGCCUCCCAGCCGCCCAUGGAAGAGCGCGGUCUGAGAUGAGGCAGCCCAGCUUGCUGGGCCCCAGUGCCGCAGUGUAUGAGCAGCCACGUCAGGGGUAUUUUGUACCAGAUCAUCCACAAAGGAGCUGGAUUCAUUGGAGAAGAAUCUGCUGAACAGGUUCCCAUGGCAACUGCUAGACCAUGGAUUCUGACCUUGGUAGAGAGGAGCUCUGGAGGAGGUCCCUUCUGGGCAUUGUUCACGUGCCAGCUGCCAGCAGUUACCUGCUACCAUAAGGAACUAGGGCCUGCCGGCAACUUGUGAGGGUUAUUGUGAAAUAAAUGAGUUCUUAAUAUGGAACUCUCCAACUAAGGGGGUGCACACACACCUUCAGUCCUAGAAUUCACAAUGACAGAGGCAGGGGAAUCUGUGUGAGUUUAAGGACAGUUUUGUCUACCUAGUGAAUUUUAAGCUGGUUGGGCUGCAUAGAGUGAUUUGGUCUCUUGUAUCAAAAAUAAAUAAAUAAAUAGAUAAAUAAUAAAAAAAA